AUGGCAGGGAACAGGUGCGGGGCGUGCGGGCAGGAGCUGGAGUCAGACAACCUACUGAGAAUCCAUUUGUAUCGCAAUGACACGUGUAGGGACACGCUGCUCGAGAGGCUCGAGAGUAGGGCGGUGGAGGCGUUGGCGAAGGCUUUGGCCGAGGUGAGAAAUAGCCCGCAUCAUUCGGACAGUGAGUCAGUCCCGGGCAGCCCCCACUCCGCCGACUCGCUGUUCAGAUAUUUGAGAGAGUUUCCCGAGCACGCGGAUUUUGUGCGCGGGUACGUGUCGACGUCGGACGAUGGAUCUGUAUCCACAGUUGGCGACCUGUUCAACACCCUGAACGAGCUGUACCUGUUCUUCAAGGACGCUGAUUUGUCGGACAGAGAAAUAAAUAGAGUGUUGCACAUAUUCAACCACCCGGGAUACGAUCCUGCAGCGGUUCGGCGCUGGCAGAACGUCGCCGACGUGAGGCGGUUUGGGGAGGAACACGCGCCGGACGAUAUGGUGCCGUGGCUCAAGGCAGAGAUUGAGGUGCGGGGCCCCGGAGGAAGGUCUCAGAUGCUGGAACUGCUGUACAAGGACACCAAGCUGGCGGAACUGCCGGAGGAGGAUUCUAUGGUGCUGGGUGUCAUCUCGUACAGCGAUAGCACUUACGCGUCGGGGAACGGACGCCUACAGGCAUGGCCAAUGUUGAUGGGUUUGGUCAAUGUCCCGGAGGAGUUACGGUGGCGUGAGCCUGGGCACGCGCUAGUGGGUGUGCUCCCUUUUCCGCCAGAGUGGGCAUCGGCGACGGAGAAGACGCGGGUGUAUCAGGAGGUGUAUCGCAUCGUGAUGGGUCCGCUCAUGCACGGCCGGGGAGGUGUGGUCAAGGCAUAUCCAUGCCUCUAUGCAUUUGUUGGCGACUAUCCGGAAGGGUGCCGGGCCACAGCAACGAUGCAGCAGGCGUCGCACAGACCCCGCAAGUUUGGCGUGAAGGGCGAGACAAGGAGUGUCUUGGUGCGCAUCCCGGGUGGCUCCACCUUUUUCCGCAGCGGGGCGAAUUACGCGGCGUUCGAGUAUCGUGGCAUGAUGCAGGUUUUCCCUAUUGUCAUUUCCGACCUGUAUGUGGGGCGCUCUGCGGAGGAAAGGGACCAGAGGGAUAAGGAGGUUCGUGCCUUCCGCUACUAUGCGGUCUUCUACAAGUCCCUGCUGGCUGGCACCGUGAAGGGCCCCGUGCGCGGAAGCAACUGGAAAGACAUACCAAGGAGGAUUGUCGAGGAGGAGACGCAACGCGAGAUCACUCGGGAGAUUGCAGCGCUGUCAGGAGGAGGGAGAACUUACUACACCGCCCUGCGAGAGGCUGUGCGCAGCAUGAAGCCCGCGCUGACCCGCACCAGCAAGGCAAUGUGUCUCAUGACGACAGACGAUCCACUGCGGAUGCUGUACAGGGAGACGGUGGGCAGUGAGUUUGACAACAUGGCGACACUCAUGGCCGCGGAAGGCCUUCAGACUUCACGUGUGUUGGUGCACACCGCAGUGGCCAUCCCUAGCACGAAAGGGGGGUACUUGGUUCCGAAGGCGAUGUUCGUGAAAGCAAGCCCGAAGGAGAACUGGUUCACCGACAUUGCAAUACCGGGAGAGAGGGAGGAGGAGGAGGAGGAGGAGGAGGAGUGGUGGUAUGCGCGGUGUCUCUGUAUUUUCAGGGCGGUGAACUACAGCGGGGAGGAAGGUGCAUAUGUAUUCGUGAAGUAUUACGAGGAGGAGGGGGUGUGUCCCCAAGACACUUUGCCCCCAACUGGUGCCGGGGCGGAAGGAGGCCACGCACGGGAUCAUUGA